AGGCUAAAAUUCUGCUGCUGUGUCUUACAAUUCUUAUGGUUUCAGAAAGUCCAUUUAAACAGGCCAGAACUGGAUAAAGGGGCCUUAGAAAAUGUAACUUUGAAAAUCAGGCUUUAUGCUACUCCCACUGCUUCUGGGCUUUGGUGGGUUUUUUUUUUUUUCCUGGAAUGCAUUGUAGGCCUUAAGCUGGGAAAUUCAGCUGCAGAGGUGGUUGUUAAUAGUGAAAACGAUGUUAAUAACGACCUCGCAUGCAAAACUGUAGAGUUCCAAAAUAUGCCAAUUCCCUCAGAAUAACAGCCUUUAGAGGUUCAAACUGAUUUCCUCAAGACUUGUCUGAUGCAGGCACAUGGCACACACAGAAUCCGGCUGAGAUGGGGACACGUGCUGCAAGCAGGAGCUGAUGUUUCUGAACAAGGAACAAAGUACUGGCAGCAGUGUGUGUAGAGGUCUUGGCUUAAGGCUGCUAAAGUCUCAUAGGCACUGCCCAGCUUCAGACAUUGAUGGGUCAUUCUGCAAGCUUUGCAGUUGGUGUCAUUGUGUAGUUGGGUUUGCAGCCCCAGCUCAGCCUCCAGGUUUCCUCUCAGCGUCCUGACUUACUGGAGUAUAUUUUUCAUGUAUUCCUACUCUACAAGUUUUGUGUUCUGUUUGGAAGAGGAGGAGACCUGUGACUUCAGAAGUUUAUGAAGAACCAAAUGUAACAAUCAGUAGCAGUACCAGAAUCAGCUGCUUUCAGCCCAUGGGGAACCAUGAAGUUACAUUAAUUUUUGCUUUAUUGUCUCAUUAAAAAUGCAUUUUGGUUAUUGUUCAGUGAAACAGAAAUUUCCCAAGCCAUCCCCCACUGAAAUGGCAUCUGUGGUUUUCAAAAGAUUUUAAGGAGUCCAUGGCAGCUUGUCACAAACCUUUGCUCAGAAACUGAUUUUUAUUUUCUUGAUGCCAGUGUUUUUCCUGAGAGUAAUGGAAAUCUGUAAUGAAAGUUUUCUCAAGCCUGCAUUGUUUGUUGAAAUAUGUUGUAAGGAUACCCUGGUGGCAUUUCCCCUCUGACUUCUACAUUGGACACCACAGAUGAAAUCUUUGGUCACCAAUAAGUUCAGUUAAGGUUAACUUUUAGGUUUUAGUUCUAUUUAGUUUGAGUCUGCUGUACCUUGGAGAGUCUGAAGUCACAUCAUAUGAGUGUUUUUUAGAGAAGGGGAGUGGUUUUGCUAUUCUACAUGUGUGGUUAUACAUAAAAAGUGUAACAUUGGAUAUUUGAUUGAUUAACUGAAUUUUCAACUUGGUGUGCUGUCACAAUGGGGUUUUGAAGCAAUGAAGAGCUAAACUAGAAAAAAAUUGCUGUGUUGCUCUUGGGAGAAACUGCAGGUCUGGUACAUGCACAAAUUCUGUAGUGAGGGUUUGUGUGUGUGACUCAACAGAGAGAAAUGCAAUGGCUCAACCACAAACAUUAAGGGAAAACCUUCCUCCUCUUUGAUUUAAAAAAUUUUAAAGUCAGAGUAGUCAUCCAUAUAGAGCUGCUCAAGAGCAUAAGGUAACUUUUUGAACUGAUGCCGAUUUUACCUUUGUGGAGUGGGGAGAAAAGUUAUUUAGGGCUAAAACAUUGCUGGUUUUCAAAUUUUACAUUUUACAAUUAUGACUCUGAUGUCAGCGUAACAUUUCUCAGGGUCUAUGUUUCGACAUCCUCUGCUCCUUUCAGAACUGAGAACUUAUAUUUUGUAUGUUAGCCAGGGAAAGGUUUGUAUUGCUUAAAAUCUUCAGAAAACUGUUAAGGGUGAGUGAGUGCUAGAAAAGAACUGUGCUCCUCUUAGGUAAACUGAAGAGUAGUAAUUAGUAGGAUAAAGUAUCUGAAUGUUCUGUUAAAUCACAGAAUCUGGUAACAGAAUUAAGUUAUUCCAGCUGGAGUGUAUCAAAUCUUUCAUGUGGUCAACUCCACUACGUGCAAUAAGAGCAGAAGGUCAAGUCAUUAAUUUGUAAGGGCUUGUUAAUAAUUUUUACAACCUUGCACAUAAUUGAGAUGCUUCAGAGCUCAUUAAAACAAGCAACAAAAGGGCUGGAAAGAAUUCCAUCAUUUUCCAUUGCCAGCAACAUAUAAUUCAAUAAUGGCAUAAAGUCUGUAAAUGUCAUUAGAAGAAUUUCACAGUUUGCUCAUGUGAAAUUCUUCCCUGCUCUAUUGUUCAGCAAAAGGCACUUGGCUAAAUGGAACAGACAUUUUCUGGUGGGUGGCUGCUUUGGAAAAUCACGUGGUGUGGAGAGAGUUAAGGUGAGUUAAGGUGUGGUGGAGGAAAUGCCUGUGCUCAAAGGCAGCUCUCUGGAAGUGCGUGGUGGUGGGAGAGAGUGUUGGGACAGCUGUACCCAGCACAUCGGGCUGGGGUUUGCUCCACAGUCAGCAGCAUGAGAGAUCAAAUAGACCUGCUGGCCACAGUCACAGUUCUGGGGGUCCUGGAGCAAGCCUAUUUUGCAAUGCAGGUGAUCCACGCCCGUCGGAAGUACAAGGUUUCCCCUCCCCAAACAACAGGUCACCCUGAAUUUGAGCGGACCUUCAGAGCUCAGGCAAACUGCUCAGAGUACUUCCCAAUCUUCAUUUCCCUCCUCUGGGUUGCUGGAAUCUUCUUCCAUCAAGGUGUGACUGCAGUGUGUGGGCUGCUGUACCUCUACACCCGCCUCAGGUACUUCCAGGGCUACGCUGGGGCUGCACAGGGACGGUUGGGACCACUGUAUGCCAGUGCCUGGCUGCUCUGGGCGCUGCUGGGGCUGGCACUGGCUGGGCUCCUGGCACACUUCCUGAGGCCCAGCUCCUCCACAGGGAUGGCAGCACUGGUGUGGCCUCUCCAGCUCCAUGGUGCCUGGUGAGGGGGGCCACAGCUCCCCCAAAACCCACUGUUUGCCCCUGGGACAGGGGAGCCAGUCAUGUGGCACCAUCAGAGAGAGAAUAUUUCCCUGGCUGCAUUCCCUGCUGAAGGGACAUGUAUGCUGGCACUCCUCUGCUCUUCAGAGAUAAUUUCCCUUCUAGAAAGCAAAUGCUUUCCAGCCCCUGCCCCUGCUGAGAAGCUUCACUGCUGGGCUUUGUAGCACUGUCUGCUCUAAAAUGACUCUGGCUCUGCCUCAUGGAGCACAGACUGACCCACAUGCUGUCGUCUCUCCUCCUUACUGCUGUAAUGAUCUGUGUUGAAGAAUCACACGAUGGAUAUAAAAAAAAUAAAUUCUUUUUCUCACUAGAAA